AUGAAUGACGCAUUUAAUAGAGAAUUGGAACGUGAACGUGAAUAUGAUCUACAUGAAUUAAUCCAAUCAGUUCAAAGGAAUGUACCACUGUUGAAUCCUAAGCAGAGGGAAGUCUAUGAUACACUGAUUAAUGCAAUUGAUGAUGGAAAUGGUGGCUUAUUUUUUUUGGAUGCCCCCGGUGGAACUAGGAAGACAUUCCUCAUGUCAUUGAUUUUGGCCACUGUACGUGCAAGAUCCGAAAUUGCGGUAGCAAUUGUUUCUCCUGGAAUAGCGGCCACAUUGUUAGACGGAUGCCGUACGGCUCACUCAGCCUCAAAAUUGCCAUUAAACCUUCAAACUACUGACCAUCCAACAUGUAACAUUUCGAAACACUCCGCAAUGGCCAAAGUUUUAGUAGGAUCAAAAAUCAUCAUAUGGGACGAAUGCACAAUGGCGCACAAACGCGCAUUGGAAGCAUUAGACCGAACAUUAAAAGAUCUGCGCAAUGACUCGAGAUGUGUUGGUGGUGCAAUGAUUUUAUUAUUUGGCGAUUUCCGACAAACACAAAUAAAUGCUUACCUAAAAGCAUCAAAUCUGUGGCGAUAUGUAAAGAAACUUCAACUGUCUGUAAAUAUGAGAGUUGCAUUGUUGAACGAUCUAUCUGCUGAUGAUUUCUCGAAGCAAUUGCUGACUAUCGGUAAUGGCCGUGUUCCUGUUGACGAAUCGAGCGGUUUAAUUUCAUUUCCUCCAAAUUUUUGCAAUUUCGUCUCAUCAAAAGACGAGCUUAUCAACAAAGUAUUCCCGGAUAUCAUUGCUAACCACAAAAAUACUAAAUGGUUAAGUGAACGAGCAAUUUUGGCGGCUAAAAAUAAAGAUGUAGAUGACCUCAAUUUUAUAAUUCAAAAUCAAAUCUUAGAUGGCGAGAGUAAUAGGACUAUAGAAGAAAUACUGAACGAGGAUUCUGACUCGGAAUCAGUACUCGGUGGCCAUCUAGAAGAACAAAUCAGUGACAUUGAUGGAAUUAGCGAUUGUGAGGAGCCGUCAACACAAGACUCAGAUAGCAGUGAGGAUCUGGGUCCAGAAAUUGAAGCAUGUUCUUCAAAGAGUGAAGAUGAACCUGUUGCAGGACCGAGUCAGAGCAGUUACUAUGGAAAAAAUAAAUACAAAUGGUCUAAAAAUCCACCAGCAGCAACAUAA